CCCACCUCCUCAGCAAUUUAGAAAAAAAAAAAAAAUCAUCUUUUUAAAUGGAUCAAUGAUUGUAUCUGGCCAAGCUCUCUCUUCCCACCAUGACUCAAGAGGCUUCUUCUUCAACAGUACUGGACUUAACCUGUUAACCAUACCGCUGCAUAUAUAUAUAUAUAUAUAUAUGGAGACGAUUUCUGAGAUCCUUGUUAGGUAUAAGGAACUAAUGAAGCACAUGGAGAUGCAGUAUCAGGUUUGAUCCCAAAAUUUAUUUCUGAUGCUGCCUGCAGCCUGCCUUUCUUAAUUUGAUUGAUUGGUAGAUAUAUAUACAUGAUGAGACCAGGGAUUAUAUAUAUAUGGUUUUAAGUUCUUGAAUCCAUUCGACUCAGUUAGUAUUCAUCAUAGUUGCUUUGCUCAAAACAUGGGAUCGACGGCAGAACCCCAACCAAGAAAGCUUCACGUAGUAUGCGUUCCGUACCCAUCGCAAGGCCAUAUCACCCCUAUGAUGCUACUGGCUAAGCUUCUCUACUCGGCAGGCUUCCAUGUGACCUUUGUCAACACCGACUUUAACCACAGACGCUUGCUCCGAUCCAGAGGAGUCGAAGCCGUGAUGGGCCUCCCCGGAUUCCAAUUCGAGGCCAUCCCCGAUGGGCUUCCCUUGUCUGACGCCGACGCCACGCAAGACGUCCCGGCGCUGUGCGACUCAACUAGGAAGAACUGCUUGGCCCCGUUCAGAGAACUUUUGCGCAGGCUUGGGUCAACGGCUGGAGUACCGGCAGUUACCGGCAUAGUGUCGGAUGGAGUGAUGAGCUUUGCCAUAGAGGCUGCAAAGGAAAUAGGGGUUGCAGAGGUUCAGUUUUGGACUGCUUCGGCUUGUUCUUUCAUGGGUUACCUCCAUUAUCGUGAACUCAUCAGCAGAGGCAUUUUCCCAUUUAAAGAUGAAAACUUCAUGAUCGAUGGCACUCUUGAUACUCCUGUCGACUGGAUUCCAGGCAUGAGAAACAUCAGGCUCAAGGACCUGCCAAGCCACCUUAGAACCACAGAUCCCAACUGGAUCAUGUUCGAUUUCAUGGGCGAGGAAGCCCAAAAUUGCCUGAAAGCUCCGACGAUCAUCUUCAACACUUUCGGUCAAUUGGAACAAGAAGUUUUAGACGCCAUCGCAACCAAGUUCCCUCACUUUUACACCAUUGGGCCACUUCCCCUGUUGUGUAGGGAAGUAACGGAUAACCAAGUCAACUCACUCAAUCCCAGCUUGUGGAAGGAGGAUUCCAAAUGCCUUGAGUGGCUUGACCAAAGAGAGCCCAACUCAGUCGUGUACGUGAACUAUGGAAGUGUGGCAGUGAUGAGUGGGAAGAACUUUAGGGAAUUUGCAUGGGGGCUUGCAGAAAGCAACCGCCCAUUUUUGUGGGUUAUUAGGCCUGAUAUUGUAAUUAGUGAUGAUGAUGAAUUAGCUGCUUUGCCAGAAGAAUUUUUCGAAGAAACUAAGGGAAGGGGGCUGCUAGUGAGCUGGUGCUGCCAAGUCCAAGUGCUUCGCCACCCUUCUAUUGGAGUCUUCUUAACUCAUUGUGGAUGGAAUUCUAUGGUGGAGUCCAUUGGCGAAGGUGUUCCCAUUAUCUGUUGGCCUUUUUUUGCGGAUCAACAGACAAAUUGUCGAUAUGCUUGCACCCAUUGGGGGAUUGGAAUGGAGCUUGAUAAUGAGGUGACGCGAGAAGAAGUUGCAGGUAUUAUUAAGGAGAUGACCGAGGGAGAUGGAGGGAAGAAAAUGAGGAGGAACGCGGAGGAAUUGAAGGAGAAAGCAGUAGAGGCUAUUGGUUUUGGGGGAUCAUCUUACAAUAACUUUGAUAGGCUCGUGAAAGAACUCUCUGUUCAUUGUAUAGACUAAUUAAGACCAUAAAUUGUCCCCCACGCUUACAAGGGCUUCGCUAAUAGGUGAAUGGACUGUGCUACUUAUACCGAUGAUUAAAUUCAAUCAUCGAUCAUUAAGUAGUCGUGGACGGGAGAAGCCCGGACUUCGUCAAGAAGUGGUAGCGGUGAGACGACACAAAUUGGGUGAGGUCAUUUUUGUUAUUUGACUCUUUCGAUUAUUUUCUCGAUAAUUUAAUUAUUUGUAUAAGUAAUAUUUAUCUAGAUUGAAUUCAAUGUAACCCGUAGGAGGUAGAUCAUUUGGAGGAGUCGGGAUCACCUUAUUUAGAAUUGGAAUUGAGCUAAAAAGAGUUGGCAGUGGCAUAGUUUUGAACUUUAGCAUGUUUAAUCAGCUUGUUGGUUAUAACAAUCACCUACAGGGGGCGGAUCUAAGAUUUAUUAACUUAGGGGCUUCAAAUUUUUUUUUUAGAAGGAACCCUCAUUGUUGUGGGUUCCUUCUACAAGAAACCCCCCAGCCACGGGGUUUUUGUAGCAGCAGUAACAGGUGGCAAUUGCCACAACUGGAUGUUUUUUAAUUGUAUAUUUGUAUAUAUAUAAGAGGGCAAUAGUUAUAACUUUAAAUGUUUAUUAAGGUUAAGUUUAUGUUCUAUAACCAAAAAAAAAAAAAAAAAAAAACU